AUGAGUGAUGACAAUGAUGGUAAUCAAAUUACCGAUGAACAACGUCUCUUAUAUCAUUUAUUUGAUCAAUACGAGAAAGCUGUAAGGCCUGUGAGAAAUGCUUCGGAUACGGUGGUGGUAAGAAUGGGCAUGACAAUGACCAAUAUUUUCGACAUGGAUGAGAAAAAUCAACUAUUAACAACAAAUGUCUGGCUCGAUCAGGAGUGGAAAGAUGAAUGGUUAGUUUGGGAUCCUAAAGAAUUUGGUGAAAUUGAAUCUGUUCGAGUACCAUGCGAUCUGAUAUGGCUACCUGAUAUUGUUCUUUAUAACAACGCGGAUGAUUAUACAAUUGAUUCAAUGAAUUCACGAGUAAUAUUAUUUUAUGAUGGUACCGUCUUCUGGCCACCACUAGCACAACUUCGCAGUACCUGUAAAACUGAUGUUGCCUAUUUUCCGUUCGACAGUCAGCACUGCGCAAUUAAAUUCGGCUCAUGGACUUAUCAUGGUUUGCAAGUGGAUAUUACAAACCGCAGUAUAAAUGUUGAUUUAAGUUACUAUAUGGAAUCCGGAGAAUUUGAUUUGGUGAGAGUAUUUCAAAAACGUCGAGCCAUUAAGUAUACAUGUUGUCUGGAACCGUAUCCGGAUAUUACAUUUUAUAUUCAUAUCAGAAGAAAGACACUUUAUUACUUAUAUAAUAUUGUAUUCCCAUGUCUAAUGAUGUCUAUCUUAACACUUCUUGUAUUUAUUUUACCAUCCGAUUCGAACGAGAAAAUCACAUUGGGAAUUACAGUUCUUCUUGCAUUCUCGGUUUUUAUGUUAGCUAUAGCAGAAAAAAUGCCGGAAACGAGCGAUUCGAUACCUUUAAUUGGUAUUUAUCUGACCAUUGUUAUGCUUCUGACCAGUAUAUCUGUCAUUAUGACCGUUAUGGUGUUGAAUUUUCAUCAUCGUGGUCCAUUUGAUCGUCCUGUACCAGAAUGUAUCCGUGUGCUUGUGUUAAAAAAACUACGACAUUUUUUAAAAAUAAAUUUACGAUAUCCAAUAUAUAGCAGAAGGAAUAUAUCGAAUGGUCAACCAGACGAAAUAUGCUCACGACAGAUCACUGGGUUGAAAUUACAUAAUCAAUUUGAAAAUCAAUUAGUUUGGUUGCAAGAAACCGAACUCGUCAAUAUUGAUAAACAUUUAAGAAGACAUAAAACUAGGCGAAGUAUCGAUUUGCAACUUCGAUUUCAUAAAAUACUACAGAGAUUUUUAAGAUAUCAUGAAAGAAAUGAAUUAUAUCAGAUGAUAACAAACGAGUGGCGUCACGUAGCUCACGUUGUUGAUUGUUUAUUGUUUUGGAUAUUUCUUAUAUGUACUGUGGUGACAGCUGCUAUUUUACUUCUCAUUAUACCAAUUGAAUAUCGUUUAUCUGAUGAUUUUCAUAAUUGA